AUGUUAACAAACUUGACUAGUUGCUCAAAUGCGACCGUCAUGAGCAAUAAUAGUAAUCGUGAUGGUGAAUACCCUCUAGUACCAAAUGAAAUUAUUUCUUCGCCGACAUCACGCUAUAAAGUACUCCAAUUCUUAGGUCGUGGUACUUUUGGUCAAGUCGUCAAAUGUUGGAAGUAUAACAACCAACAGGUGGUAGCAUUAAAGAUACUCAAAAAUCUACCGUCCUACGUUCGUCAAGGUCAAAUUGAAAUUGGUAUCUUAUCCAAAUUAAAUUCUGAAGAUGUCGACAAGUACAAUUUAAUCAAGGCUACCGAAUUUUUCCAGCAUCAAGGACACACAUGUAUAGCGUUUGAAAUGUUGCAUAUUAACCUCUAUGAAGAAUUAAAACGAAAAGAUUUCUCACCAAUGACAUUGCACGAGAUACGACCAAUUUUACAACAAGUUCUAGUUGCAAUGUGGAAGUUAAAAUCAUUACGAUUAAUUCAUGCUGACCUGAAGCCGGAAAAUAUCAUGUUUGUUGAUCCUCAAAAUCAGCCCUUGAAAGUUAAAGUGAUCGAUUUUGGUUCUGCUUGUUACGUUUCCAAAAAUAUUUACUCAGGAUACAUGCAGAGCAGAUAUUACAGGUAA